GCUAACCAAGCCUAAACUCAAAAGCACCGAUCGUCAUCCCUAUCUCCAAAACCCUCAAAACCACGUGAGGAGCCCUCCGGAAAAACAAAACCAGAAUCCAUUUGUCACAAACUCACCCAAUUUAUAUAAUACACCAGAAACCAACCUGAUCGACCACACCAAUCUCUAAUAAUGGAGACCACAUACGCAGCUCCCGGUACCACAGUGCAGACGACCCCAUUGGUGCACGUUGGGGAUGAGGGACUGAGAAGAACGAAGAUGAGGGUGAUGGUCGCCAUCGACGAAAGCGACUCGAGCUUCUACGCGCUCAACUGGGCGCUUGACCACCUCUUUAUCAACACGCCGAGUACUCUGGAAGGCGGCGAGGGGGAAGUGGGGAUGGUGACGGUGGUCCACAUCACGCAGCCGUUUCAGCACUUUGUGUACCCUGCCGGACCUGGCGGAGCAACCUAUUAUGCAUCCGCGUCGGUGGUGGAGUCGGUGAAGAAAGCUCAGCAGGAGAAUUCUGCUGCCAUUCUCUCCCGCGCUAUGCAGAUUUGCAAGGAUAGGAUGAUCAAAGCAGAAACUCUGACUCUGACUGGAGAUCCAAAGGACAUGAUUUGUCAAGCCACAGAGCAGAUGCAUGUAGAUCUUCUUGUUGUGGGUAGUCGUGGCCUGGGCAUGGUCAAGAGAGCAUUCCUAGGAAGUGUGAGCGACUACUGCGCACAUCAUGCAUCAUGUCCAGUCAUGAUUGUAAAGCCACCAAGGGGGUCUGGAGCAAAGGGGUCUGCAUCAUCUAAAAAGUAGAUGGGGGAGAUGUUCGUUUGAAUUAGGGUUUGUCAUUUCAAGUGACAACUCUAGUAUUAGGGUUUGCGAUAUCAAGUGACAUCUCUACAAAGUACUAAAUACUUGAAAAUGUGUAAAUUAGCUGGCUGCAGAGUUGCUCUGCUUGUUAUAUAUAUAAAUAAAUUGACCAAUGCAAGUUCAGACUUGAAAAUGAACUUGAAGUGGUUUUUGUGUAAUGCGAAGGUACAUAAUGUAAAGGCCAAUGUAAUUGCUCAAUGGAAUGUGGAGGUUGUAUGGCUAUUUUUUACAGUUUGUAUAAAAUGGGAAUAAAAUUCAAGAGGACUUCUAAAUCAACAU